AUGUCUCAAGCAAGUACGAGUCAAAGUCAGAUUGUAGUUGGUUAUUGGGCAAUUCGAAGCUAUGCAGAACCAAUUCGUUUGACUUUACAUUAUACGAAAACACCUUUUACCGAUAAAUUAUAUAUGCAGGGUGAUGGUCCAGAAUACAGUCGAGAAGAUUGGUUAAGUGAAAAACAAAAACUUGGUCUUGAUUUUCCUAAUCUACCAUAUCUAUUUGAUGGUGAUUUCAAAAUAACUCAAUCGAAAGCUAUUUUAUAUUAUCUUGGACGUAAAUUUAAUCUUAUGGGAAAGAAUCCAAAUGAAGAAGCACGAGUGAUGAUGUUAUGCGAAGAAGCUCAUGAUCUUCGUUCAAAUUUGAACACAGUUUGCUAUGGUCCAGGAGCAGAAUCGGACGAAGCAAGAGCAAAAUUUGUUGAAACAACCUUAACAAUUUCGAUGGAAAAAUUCGACCGUUAUUUUGGCAAGUGUACUACAAAAUUUGCUGUCGGCGAUGAACCAACUGUAGCUGAUUUUCAAGUGUACGCAUAUAUUGAUUCUUGUUUAUUAUUGGAUGGUGGACACGCCCUUCUUGAUAAAUAUGCGAAUGUUAAACAAUAUUUGAAAAAAAUAAGUGAAAUACCAGAAAUAAAAGAUUACAUCGUUCAAUCUCAUGCUGAGCUACCUAUUAACAAUAAAGUGGCUAAAUUUGGCGGAAAAGUAAUUAAUAAACCAUGA